AGCUAUCACAUGACGUUUUAUAUGAUCAUUUUACAAAUUGUAUAACAAAUGUAUUGUAUAAUAAAGUAAACAAGAUGAUUAAAAGUCAUAGAAAUAACAGCUCUUAGUAAAGUGAGGUCAUAAUUAUAUUAUAUACGUCAAACAAUUUUUUUCUUGAAAUGCUUGUAUGUAACGCAUUUCUUAUUAAUAUUGUAUGGUUUCAAUUAGUCCGAACUCAACCACGAAUUGUUGGGGGUAAAGAAUGUACUGAAAGCUACUCUUACAUGGUAUCUAUUCGGGUAAAUAACAAGCACUACUGUGGAGGAACUCUGGUGACACGUUGGUGGGUUCUAACAGCAGCCCAUUGUAAUGACAAUUCGAUGAAUAAAAAUUACGUUGCUCAGUUUGGAACCAAAUACAUGGAGCCACCAGCUGGGACAAACUACACAAGAAUAACAAUCACAAAGAUAAAAAAUCAUCCAUAUUUUAGCUUUGUGAGGUUAGUCAACGAUAUAGCGAUGGCAAAGUUAGAACGACCGGUAUAUGACUACGAAUUUGUAAAGCUGCCAAAGUCAUUUACUAGGAAACAGAUGCCUAGGUUUUGCAAGGAAGCACUAGUAAUGGGUUGGGGAGAUACGGUGGAGGGAACUCGAGUGGGCAGCCAGAACCUGAUGUGUGUUUAUAUUGAGACGAUUGACCUGUAUAAGUGUGAUCGAGAUCAUUAUGAGGAAUACUUUCACAGCAGAAUCUGUACAUAUACACCAGGUAAAGACGCCUGCCAUGGUGAUUCCGGUGGGCCUUUAUUAUGCGAUGAUAUUCAAUACGGUAUAGUUUCAUUUGGGAGAGGUUGUGGGUCUCAUCCCGGAGUAUAUACUCGAGUUGAUAACUACUUGUAUUUUAUAAAUAGAGUAUUAAGCAAAGGGGGCAGAAGUGACGGAGCUCUAAAAGUAAUAAUUUUUUGCAUAUUGUUAUUGGUUCACCAAUAA